AUGGUGACACAAUUAAGUCAACCUUUACCACUACGAGGACAACACACGAUGGCAACGGUCAAUCUCUACUACCUCGGGUUAGUAUGCUUGCUAGGUGUCACUGCAACUGCGGCAUCGCAAUGCUACCGUGACGCCGGCCAGCUGAAGCGUGUUGUUCAGGCACAGGAGGAGUGCGUCCGAUAUCUGCGCAUACCUUGCGCCCGCCUAGCCGUCUACAACAAGUUCAUCUACCCGAACGAUGCCGAAACGCAGUGCAUGGUGCGCUGCAUGGGCCUCAACCUGGGCUGGUGGAACGAUACGCACGGCGUGCAGGAGGCAGCAAUGCGCAGCUUCUUCCAUCCGGACCCGAACGACUGUGACUACAAGCGGCGCACUUACCGCUGUCUGCAUUCCCAGCGUCUCGACAGACCAGCACCGCACGACGAGGCGUGCGAACGUGCGUAUGAGUCCUUCCGGUGUUACUACGAGCAUUAUGGCAAUCUCGUCGUAACGCCUCAGUUUAUUCGACUCAACGCGCUUCAACAGCUCGAUGUGCUGCUGCAGUGUGCCGAUAUGCUGCAGUAUCCCAUGCCGGACCGUUCGUUCUCGUGCGCCAAAACGCAUGUAGCAGGUGCGGAAGGUGAUUUCGACUGUGUGUUGCGUUGCUAUAUGCUGAGAACGGGAUUGUACAGCGAGCAGUAUGGACCAAAUCUGGACCGAAUUUACGUACAGUGCAAUAACUACGCGAACGAGACAGUGUUCCGCGAAACUACCGAUGCCUGUUACCAAAGGCUGCGGUCAGACUGUCAGGACGAAUGUACGCUGAUCGCUCGCUAUGUACGCGAAUGUUUUCCGGCUGGAGGUAUUAUAUUUUUCGAAUCUUUAUGGUAAAUUUGAUAACCCAUUUGAUACCGUGAAAACCCAAUAUCCAAACCAAGGUUGUACAUUUGAAGCUGGAAUGACAGUGGGCAGCUACGCAACAUUGUAUUAGAUGGUUUUAUUAGAUGGAAAAUAACAAUCUGGAUUAAAUCUAUAUCGCUGUCCUAAGAACAAAUAAAUGAAAUACAUAAUUAACUGCAAUCAA